AUGUCGCUAAACUUCUCCAUCGACAGACUAGUGGACAAUGCAAAAACCACCGACACUCAAGAAGAACGCGCUCCUAUUGCACAAACGCUCUCUUACUUUGAUGUGCUACUACCUCAUGUACAGAUGGCAUCAGCAAAUCCCUUUCUUACUGGACUUUCCGACUCCCCAUCCAGUCAUAAUCGACUUUGGUCUCAGCAAUGGAUCGAACUCCUGCAGCAGGCUAAUUCUUCCCAAUUUGGAAUUACGUAA